AUGAUGUACGCUACUCGUACCCCCCUCUCUGACGCUGAACUUACAGAAAUUCUUCGGUUCGGCAGAGAGGAGGGCGGCUGGACUCGCCUUCCGGACCCGACUUCCCCUUCGCCGGCGACGAUCUAUGCUCCGCAGCCCCGCCCUGCUACGAACCCCGACACCUCGUCGAACACGCUACACGCCAACUCUAUACAAUUCCCGAGCACACCGCACCCACUCACCGGACGCGUCCUCGACGACGAAGACUAUCGGCCCAUCGUCGCGGAGGCCGAAGGAACAAGCGAAGAUGUCGACUUCCCUGGGUACUAUCGGGCAGCCGGUUGUCUGAUCCCUCUCGGCGACCCUCUAUUCAGCGAGAAUCGAUUCAAGGCUCCGAUUCGCGCCGAAUCUCCCCCGUUCUACCCAAACUCGAUCCAUCUCCUGAUGGCCUCCGACCGUUCGUACUUCAAGACUCUUUCGGCGCCUACGACCCCCGAACCAGCUUCGCCGGACGACCCUCACUCGUGCACCUAUGUCAUCAAGCUGGUCCCUCGCGACGACCCUCGACUUAACGGCCAUCCGUUCAAGCCGAGCCGACUUCCCGGCCCUGGCGAACCCGUUGCGCCGCACUGGGUCAACGAAGAGACCCCGCUGCUGUACAUCAGCGAAGGACUAUUCCAGAUACUUUCGGUUGGCUUUGCGCUUCGCCCAUUCCGCGACAGCGGCAGCCUCGAAUAUCGCAAGAACUUCGACGAAGCGGUGGACCGUCUCCGAGAAGAUGGUAUCGACCCUUACCCCGAGCUCUUGGGGUAUUAUCGCGAGGACGGCUACGCCAUUCCUAUCGGCCAACCGCCCUCGAGCGACCACCGAGUCAAGCUGCCUAUCCGAGCCGUGUCUCCUCCAGGAUUCCCUCGCGCUAUUCACGACCUCGCCAUCGCGGCACCCCUGGUAUUCCGACCGUUAUCCGCACCUUCGACGCCCCGACCCCCUGAAAGCCAGUACCACGUUUUGAGGACGUACGUCCUCGAACUGGUACCGCAUGGCGACCUCAGGCUCUGUGGCCGCAUGCUCCGAAGCAGCCGGCAGCCUCUGCACGGAGAAAACCUCUCACCUCACUAUACGGACGACUCGACACCCCGGAUGUACUUCGUCGAAGAUGACUUCAACAUUCUCGUCAGCAUGACACGAGAAGCGCAAUCCGAGGCCUCCAACAUCGAUUCACCCGAGAACGGCUCCCCUCCGACGACGCAAGUACAAGACGAGGAGCUUCAACAAGCUCUGCUCAACGGCGAAUUCCCCGCCCUGCCCGACGAAUACUACGCCGCCGCUGGAUGCGCGAUUCCCAUCGGGGAACCGCCCGAUAGCCCCCUUCGAGUCAAAGUCCCUAUUUGCGCCGCCUCACCACCCGAUCUCCCCGGCUCAAUCCACGACCUCUCAAAACAGAUGCCUCGCAUAUACCGCCCGCUAUCUGCGCCGACAACGCCCGACCCGCCCGCACGCGACUAUCCUACGUCAUGUACCUACGCCCUCGAACUUGUCGACGACCGCGACCCUAGGCUCACUGGGAAACAUCUCCGGGCCCUGUACCACGAUUCGGACGGCUCAACUCUCGCGUCGCACUCGGUCACCGACGAUAUGCACCGCCUACUUUUCAGCCGCGGACUGUUCCAACUGCUGGCGCGGGUCUCGCAUCAGGCCAUCAGCAACCGAGCCCGCGAACAGGAGCUCGCAGAAAUGCAUGCCCGACGGCACCAUCUCGACGCGCCCGAUGUCGACAUGGACGCCUCCGACCUUCAGGGCCCCAUGCGUGCCAAUGCACUCGUUCUGUCACCUCCGGUCCCGCCUCACCUAUCGCUUCCCGACCCGCUGACGACACUUCAACACGCACCGCUAGACGGAAACAAACUCUCGCGACGCCUCGACAGACUCAGGAUCGCGGAAGGACCCGCAGCUGAAGACCGCCCGCCCACACCUCGACCGCCGAUGGAAGGAAUCGAAAUCAGCGUAGAGCAUCGACUCCGAUUCCCGCCCACAAAUGUCAUCCUCAACGACCCCGGCAUGCCGUACUAUUGCGCCGACGGUUACUUGAUCCCCGUCGGCGAGUCUCCGACCAGCGCCAACCGAAUCAAGAUCCCGAUGCGACUCCAGACUCCUCCAGGGUACCGCGGCACCGUCCACGCGCUCUCGCAGGUCGACCCGUCCCUCUUCCGCCCAAUGUCAGCGCCUCCGACUCCCGAACCAGCACCCGAAGACUAUCCAACCUCGCAACGCUACCAUCUCUUUCUCGACGCACCCCGGGACCCGGCCGAACGCCAAUCUCCAUUCUCCAUCGAAAGCUCUCUGGUACCUCCUCAAGACGAUCGCCCCUCGACGCGAACGCUACGGGACUCGGACCCGUACCUCUGGUUCGACGAGGCCCUUUUCGACUACCUCCAUAUCACUUACCCCCUCGCCGACGGAUGGAGCAACAACAUCAACGAUCCGGCGACAUGUCUCCCCGGCCCCGAGGGAGGCGACGCACCUGAGUUGCCCACCGUCGACGAAGAAACGCACCUCGCUGAAUACGACCGCCUCACCAUCAACUACCCGACCUCCACCGAGCGCACAACGGUGACACCGCCCCCGUCUAUCUGGCGCAACGAGCAGGACCCCAGUAGCGGCCCCGUACCAGCGUUCUCGCGCUCGGACACAACGACUCCUGCGAGCGAAGAACGUCCCCGAACCCCCGCCGGCCGUGGACGUAGCAUGUUCCGGGUCAUGUAUGACCGGAUAUGCGAGCUCACCGAGGCCACUCAAUUCACUGUGGCCGCGAUCGCCACGCUCCUCUCCAGCCACGCAUCGUUCUAUCGCACCGCCCGCACUCAGCACGAAGCCAUGCAAGCGGCUCUCUCGCAAGUCCUCGACCAGGUCGCUGCCACGUCCGACGCCGUCGCCGAAUAUGCUACCGACCACCGAAACUUCGUGGACCGACUCACCGGCGAUGUACUCGAUCUCCAGCUCGACAUUAAUGCUAUCCGCACCAAUGUCGAAGCUUGGAACUGGACGCCGGAGGACGGCGACGAAGUAGACGUCGACCAUAUUCUCCGCUCUUCGUCAAGCUCCAGCUCAGACAUCGACAUAUCCGCCGCCGACUACAACGACCUCCAGCCGUGA